AUGACCCCAUUGGCAGGCAUGUUGCUGACUGUUGUUAAUCAACAUCGUCAGCGUUUGUCCCCGUUCCCCGCAUCCAUCGCGGCCGUCCUUCGCGCAUUUCUUGACAGGGGCGUGGCUUCACAAGUGGUUGCCGGAUCUCCUAGCUACGAAACUCAGUAUCCUGGCAUCGUCAUUGCACGAUCGAAAGACGGCAUUUUCACACCUUCAACUAUUUCCCAUCUGAGUUCGCGAACGUUCAUAACGAGAUCAGAGAUGGCGCAGUCCAACCCUAUGCUGAUCCAGCCGGCACCGCCAGGCUUCAGGCGGUCACCUCUGGUAUUGAUUCACGACGGAGGAGGUUCAGUCUUCAACUACUUCCUCCUCAAAUCGCUCGGACGUGCCGUGUAUGGCAUCUACAACCCUCGGACAGGCGACGGAGAGCAAUGGCCGGGCGGCAUCACCGAAAUGGCUCGCGAGUACUGCCAGAUGAUACUCCGGGUCGUGGCUGAGGGCGAAAUCCUCAUUGGAGGAUGGUCUUUAGGUGGCAUGGUUGCGCUUGAGGCAGCGCACAUCUUAGCCCUCAUGCCGCGCUGUCCCAUCAGAGUCAGGGGAGUCGUCAUGAUAGACACCGACUUCCCACACGGUCCAUCAACCAGCGAAAAGAAGUCAGCCGAAACGCGUGUGGCCAACUCCAAGGCCGCAAUGGGACAGCACGUCAAACCGGAGAUACGACAAGCCGUCGAGCGCUCAAUGGAGCAAGCGGCCAAGUUGAUCGACGAAUGGCAACCACCCAUAUGGACAGCACCGAUUGUACCACCGCGAACUGUGCUCAUUCGCGGGCGAGAGAAGAUGGAAGAAAAUGACGUUUAUCGGGAAAAACGGGCACUGGGCUGGGAGAACUAUGAAUCGGACAUCAUGGCGGCGGUACUGGACGUGGACGGCACGCAUUACAGCAUGUGGGAGAAGCAACACAUCUCUACUGUGGAUCUGCAACUACACCGCGGCUGUACUUUGCUAGAGCAUUCUCCAAUGUACUAA